AUGUUCUACUCUGGCUGGAAGUUUCCCACGCCGCAGCGCAUCGUUGCGGGCGACGGCCAGCAGGACGCAAACCACUUUAUCCAGGAGACGUGCAGCCCCGGCAUCUGCCUCAUCCACUUCCUCUCCAGCAGCACGCGGCUUGGCACGUCCGCGUCCGCCGCCAACAACCCCGCGCGCAGGGAGGGCAACGGGCGCAUUCACCUCAAAAGCGAUGUGCCGAUUCACCCGUACAGUGGCGUGUUUUACUUUGAGGUGGAGGUGCGGUCCAUUGCGGCGGAGGGCAGGAACGGCCGCGGCGCCGCCCCGAGCGCGACGGAGCCAGAACUCGUCAUUGGUAUCUGCCGCGAGUCCCUUCCGCAGCACGCACUGCCCGGCGAAGAGGCGUGGAGCGUUGGCCUCUUCACCGCCCAGCGCAUGGCGUACAUAAACGGCAAGAGCGAAGGUGAGGCGGUGCGCUUCCCCGUCGGCGCACGUCAGCGCAACAGCGGCGCGGACGAUCACCGUGCGCGGGGGAUGAAGGUUGGGGACACCGUUGGGUGCAUCGUCAACCUCAUGGACGGCACCGUGCGCUUUACCUUCAACGGUGAGCUCCUCGACGUCGUGGCCACACUGAGCCGCCGCAUGCCGCGACACGGCUACUACCCCGCCGUGGGCAUGUUUCGGCUGCUGCUCGCAGUUAGCCUGCGCGUCGUGUUUCCGCCGCUGGGCGGUGCCGCGCCUAUACCACGUCCCGCCAUGAGCGACAGGGCACCACCACCACCGCCGCCGCCGCCGCUGUCUGCAGCGGCAGCUAAUACGAAUACGAACCCUGCGGCAGUGACGGGGCAGGGGUCUGCCGCGGCUGCUUUCCUUCUUCGACAGGAAACGAGGACGACGGCGGCUGGGUAUUUUUCAUUUAACCUGGACAAGUACUGUGAGGGGAUUGCGGAGGAACUGGUUCGCCGGCACCAGCAAAAGACCGCGACAGAUAUACAGAACGAAGGCGAGGAGGGUGCCAGCUGCUCCUGUCGGGAUGCAAGUAUUAUGGCAGCCAUACGAAAACACUUGGCGGCACGGGGAAUGACGAAGUCCCUCUCUGCCUUUGAGAAGGAGCGAAAGGAGUUGCAUUGCGCCACCACCGCCACCUCCCCCUCCCCUCUUCAGGAAAGGGAGACGGUGCAGAGUACGGAGGAGGCGCAUGCCGUACGAGCGGAAGAAAACCCCAGGAAGGUUUCCAAAAACAGUAAUAUGCGUGGCAGUAACGUCAGUUCACGCACCCAGGCGAGCAGCAAAGUAGUGGACGAGGAAGGUCAAACCAUUGCCUACAGUCUGCACAUUCAGCAGCUGCGGGAGGACAUUGGCCGUGGGGACAUGAUCGCCAGCACGCAGCGCAUUCUCGCAAACGGCGUCAUCUCCCCCGCCACGCGCAACAAAAUUGCCGCCGUGGUGGAAGACGUCAACGUGUUAUCGAAUGAAUUUUGGGGCGUUAUCUUUUUCGCGCAGCGGCGGGACAUCCUCUUCCUGCUGCGGGUGGCACACCUGUUGGAGGCCACUCUGGACGCCAUGGAGGAGGGGCUCGCCGCGCUCCACUCGCGUCUCACGGGCCGGGAGGACCCAAACGGGGGUGCGACAGGCGACGACGCCGGCGCGGCCGCCGCGAAGACGCCUCUCACGACGGCGGAGCUCAUGAAGCUGGCGCUUCUCAUCCUCCUUGAGCCGUUUGAGGCGGUGUCGGCGGCCGCCAGGCAUCACCAGCGCGCCUCUGCCGCGGGGGUGCGAACAGGGGACGCGGCCGCCUUCGGCAUGCUUGACGAAACCUUCGCCAAGGGAGAGUCCCGGUGGGCAUGCGACGACCUCGCGGCCCACCUCUUCUUCACGGCGGACAAGGCACUCUGGUCUGGACCAGAGGCGCCGGUCACGCUGCUGGUGCGCCGCGGCGUGCCAAGCAUGCCACCACCGAAGCCGAAGCACCAGCGCCGCAUCGUGCAAAAGCUCUCCAUGCUGCUCUCGCACCAGCGUGCCGUGUGUGCCUGGGCGGAGGAGUCGUGUCACGCAGGUGCGUCUCAGGCGUGGGUAGAAAAAUGGUUGCUGCUCGUGCAAGACGCGAAGGUGCAGUACCGCGCCCGCUGUUGGUGCCUCCUCCUUCACGCCAUCGAGGACUUCAACGGUGCCGUGGAGUAUCGACUCCUCCUCUGGAUGCGCCGACACGAGGAGGAGAUGCGGGAGGCUGAGAAGGGAGGGGGAUUGGGCCAACGCGGCGCCACCGCGCGUCAACGCGAAGGUGCGCGGGGGCGCCUGUUCCCUUCGCUCCGGUCAGCAUGGCGUCACGUGCAUGCCGCAGCCGCGCUAGAGCCGCUGCUUAACAUCGUAACAAAAGCCUUUAGUGACAGACUGCAUCGCGCCGCCACAUCCGCGCACCUCGCCACAAUGGCGGCGCAGAACAGUGUAUCAUCUUCCUUUGACAAGGGCCCAAAGAGAAGCCUCUCCUUCCCAUGCGAUCUUAUGGAGAGUGAGGAAGACGCGGGGCGCUAUGAGGAUGGCCCGCAGCCAGGUGAACUCACAUCGGAGCUGGGGUGCACGCCCGUGUCAAACCGCGGCAACCGCAGCGCCAGCGCGCUGAGGAGGGUGUCGUGCUACAACGACGACGUCCGCCUGAGUUUCAUGUACAUGAAAAGUGUCUACAAAGAUGUUUUUGCGUAG